ACAAUACAAAGACUUAGAUGACUAGAUGACGUGGCAUCUGCCGAUUGGUUACAUGACGUAGAAAUUUUUUCAAAGCAAGGCGAGCUUGAAGCUUAGAUCUCUGAAUAUUACAUUUUUGUUGAAACGCUUGAAAGAAGCCGAGGCAUAAUUAGAAUCGCGUUUGAAAAAAGCUGAGGCAGAAUUAGAAUAGCGUUUGUGUAGGUGUAAGGUUUAACAAGAAUGAGAUCAUUAAUUUUGUUGUUCACAGCUUUAUCUUUCAGCUAUGUCUUUGCUGAAAGUGCCUUCCCUGUUCAUAUCGGUAGUAUAUUUAGUGGCAUUGGUGGCGGUGGCGGUGGCAGUAGUGGCAGCUCUCGUGAACCGAAAUAUAAGAUUGAAUUCCAUCCCGAAGAAUCUCCUUUUCACCCUGAUGAUGACCAGGAAUCUAUAGUUUUACCUGAUAAAAAUGGACAGAAAUUUAUAUGUUACUUGCCUAAGGUGGAAAAGGAAAAAAGUGGAAAGCCUCCUAUUCAGCAAAACGUUAGCAGCAUGAUUGUUGAAACCGAGAAAAGGGUCAAACAGAAAACACCAGAUGAAUUGUUAGAAGUAUUGAAGGGUCCAUGUGUUAUCAGACAAGAAGGUUGGUGGUCUUAUGAGUUUUGCUAUCACAAGAAAUUGCGACAGCUGCAUUUGGAAGAUGAUAAGGUAGUCCAGGAAUUUGUCUUGGGUGUGUAUGAUCCAGAGGCAACAGCUGCGUUUAACCAAAACCUUUCUGACAUUUCUACAUUUAAAGAUCCCCGCUCAAAGGAUGCCUCCCAAAGAUAUCAUGCUCACCAAUAUACUAACGGAACUGUAUGCGAUCUUACGAAUAAGCCAAGAGAGACCGAGGUGAGGUUUGUAUGCUCAGAACCCAGAGCCAUGAUCAGUUCAAUCACAGAGAUUUCAACUUGCAAGUAUGCACUUACAGUUCACGUCCCUAUGCUAUGCAAGCACCCAUUGUUUCAAGAGGAGAGACCAGUAUGGCACACCAUAGACUGUAAUGCUUUUCCAAAGGAAUACAAGGUUUCUAAAGUAAAACAAGAAGGCGAAGAUAUGGAGAUUGUUAUGGUCACCGAUUCAGAAAUUAAUGAGUCAGAACAAUGAUGUAAAUAUACACUGGAAAAAAAAAAGGAUGUUGUCAGAUGUAUGUUCUAAAAUGACCAAAAGGCGCGGCGGUUUCUAUAAGCCUUCCUUCCAAACUGUGGAUAGACAGUGCUUUAUAAUCUUUAGGAGGCUCUUGGAGCUUAUGCGAGAUUUGUAUUUUCUUCUAUGCAUUGUUGUUAUUGUUUGGUAAAAGGUGCGUUCUUAUUAUAGAAAGAAAAAAAAUACGAGGUUAUUUGUGAACUA